AUGGCGCACCUGCGACCGCUCAUGGCGCCCGUAUACGUGCCCGGUACCGAGCCAUUACCGCCGGGUGUGACCGAAGAUGAUCGCGCCGAGAUGGCCAAGAUUGCCAAAUGGAACAAGAUCGCCAAUAUGACCAUGGAGUCGUGUCCAGUCAAGUGUGCCAUGUCGGGAGCGGCGGGGUUCGGGCUGGGUGCGUUCUUCUCGCUCAUGUCGACGUCGUUUGCUGUCGAUGACCCGCUGCGUAGGACGACACUGGCGGCGAAUGGGCUGGCAACGGGCGCGGCAGGAGCGGGGGCGGACAUGACGACGAUGCAGAGCACAAAGGAGUUCUUCAAGCAGACGGGAAAGAGCAUGUACCGGUCCGGCAAGGGCUUCGGUAAGGUCGGCGCGCUCUAUUCAGGCAUCGAGUGCUGUAUUGAAGCCUACCGAGCGAAAAACGAUCUAGUCAACCCGGUCGCAGCAGGCUUUGCCGCUGGUGCCAUCCUCGCGCGCAACUCGGGCCCGAAAGCUGCCAUCGGCGGAGGCGUCGCUUUCGCCGCAUUCUCCGGUGCUAUCGAUAUGUAG